GCGAAGAGAGGGGGAGGCGACACAGGAGAGUGAAGCUGGAGUGGCGUCCUCGUGAAGGGGGAUGCGAACACUGACGAGUAAACAAUGGCGAGGCUCGUUGGCUUGAUUUCUCGCUUCCGCAAGAAAUAGUAGACUGCACUGGGAUGGAGCAGAUGUUGUCCCCCUUUCGAGGUGGUCUUUUUGCGUGACCGGUGAUUGUGACCUAGUGGUGUAAUAGAUUUUUGAUUUUUUUGAUUUUUUUCGCGGUUAUUGGCGUGCCGGGGGCGUUAGCGAUGGUGUAGGGUUUCGGAGUUGAUUGGUGGUUUGAUUCAUUUGUUUGGUUUAGCGUGGAGGAAGUUGUCUUUGGAGGGCGUCGACAUGAAUGACGAUGACGAUUUUGGGGAUCUGUAUGCUGAGGACGUGGGACGGGGUGGGACUGGGACCUUGUAUGAGGCUUCCAAGGAUGUCGGGGUGGAGAGGAGGCGGAGGUUCGAAGAUGGAGACGACGAGGAGCAGCUCCUCUACGGCACCUCCUCCUCUUCUGCGGUGGUGCCGGCUGUUGCAGGAGGAUUGAUGGCAGGGUUUGAGGUUGGGGGAAAGGAUGUGGACAACGAGGAGACAUUCCUGUAUGGAGAGCUGUAUGGGAGUGCUGUGACGACGAUGUCGUCGAAAGCGGAGGAAUUGCAGUCCGCUUCCAUUGAGGAUUUUAGGGGAAUAGAAACGGGCUCAGCAGCUGGAUUGGGAAAUGGGCAUUCUGGUGGAAUUGAAGCAGGAGCCAACGCGGGACUUGGUCGGGUGCAACAGGAGAAUGCUGGUUCGACGUCUUUCGAGAACCCUAGAAGCGUUGGAGAGAGUGUAGUCGCGCCGGGUCUUGCCCCAUCCGGGUCUACUGGUUUACGCGAAGCCGAGGAUGUGGCAGUAGGAGAUAGAGCUGAUGAGAGCGCGCCCGCAGCCAAAGUAGCAGUAGCUGGAGAAGGGGAGGAUUGGGACAGUGAUAGCGAUGACGGCCUACAGAUUGUGUUGAACGACGACGCAUUGGGUUAUGACAAUCCGACAAUUGAGGCGAAGAGUGAAUUUUACGUUGGUAGUGAUGACGAGGACGAAGAAGACCUCAUAAUUGUGGCAGGGGAUGAGCCUCGUGACGGUCAAGAGAACUGGGGAGAGGAAGGAGGGCUCCUGUCAGAACCACCUCUUCCAGGUCCUCCGAGUGGAGGUCCACUGGGGGCACUCGAGAGGGUCACAUCGGGUGGUGACGAUCGUGGGCCGCCGGUUAAACCUGGUGGACAAGGGCCAAAUCUAGCUGGCCCUCGCAUUGGCUAUAGUGGUCAGGGUUACUACAAUGGGCAACCUCAUCAUGCACAAUAUAAGUAUGUGAGACCAGGCUCGGGAGCAUCCGGUGCACCUGCAUCUAGCCAGGCAGGAGAACCCCAGCCAGGUGAAAGAGGUGCCGGGAGAGUGGAUUGGAUAGCUGGCCGAGGUGCGGACGGUGGGAAAGGAGAUUGGGCAGGUAGGGGGCGUGGUGGUUCUAAUGGUCAACGGGGUUCACAAAGUGGUUCCGCGUCAUGGGGCGGUUCUGGUGGUCGUGGAUACUCAGGUGGCAUGGAGUUCACUCUACCUCCGACGAAGACAGUAUUUGAUAUUGACCUCGAUGAACUAGAAGAGAAGCCUUGGCAACGCCCUGGUGCGGAUGUUACAGACUACUUUAAUUUUGGCUUCACCGAGAGUAGCUGGAAAAAUUACUGUCUACAACUGUCACAAGUUCGAUUAGAAGCAACAAUGCAAAGUAAGAUUCGAGUUUAUGAAAGUGGGCGCACAGAGCAGGAGUAUGAUCCAGAUUUGCCACCAGAGCUAAUGGCAGCUCAAGGUUUGCAAGAUGCGUCGGGUGAUAAUGGCAACCAUCAGCGUCAGUCCGACCACGGCGGUCACUCAGCUUGUCGUGGGCGUGGAGCAGGACGAGGUCGACCUGUCAUGCCUACAGGGCGGGCUAUACAGGUUGAAGGGGGAGGGGGAGAAAGACGUCCUUCAGCCGAUAUUCGUAGACAGAGAACACGAGAUUCCGACGCUGUUAUUCAGAUUGUUUUGCAAGAUGCUUCUGAAGAUGAGCCAGACCCAGCAACAGGUGUUGAUUUUGAUACGGAGUACACAGAGGAUGAGGCUAAAGGUGGGAGGCAUAUGGAGCAGUAUUCGAAUUACCAUCACGAAGAGGAUGUCCGUGAUCUUGGACAUGGAGGGCCAAGACCAUGGAUGGAUUAUUACCCAUAUAACGAGCCUUGGGAUCAAGGGAAUAUGAUGGACAUGUCAGGUGAACACAUGCAUGGCCCCAUGCGUCAUGGUGUUGAAGGGCACGGACCUAUAGGCCCUGGCAUGCCCAUGCAUCCACCUGGUGCUGGGGCUGAUUUUGGCAUGUUCCCUGGACCUUUUGGAAUGGCACCAUACGAAAGGGGCGGAGCUGUGAGACCUCCUAUGUAUGGGGGACCAAGAAUGGGAGGAGGACCUAUGUCUGGCCCUGGACCUGAUGGUUAUCCUUCGGAUCAUUUUACCUUACAGCCACCUCCUGUUGGGUUUACAGAACCUCAGUGGCGCCGAACACCGCCGAGGUUGGCACAUUCUAAUCGUGCGGCUCCUCCUGGCGGGGAAUGGGAGGAAGAGUUGAGCAACGGGAGUGGAGCAAAUCGAUCAGGACACGAACAUCAUAGCACUCAUGGGAAUAGAGACCCAGGAAGUCUCAGUCGUGAGUUUGAUGCGGAUACAAGGCUCGAGCCGAGGUCCUGGUCUGUACUAGUUGAGAAAGGUGCUGAUGAGCCUUCACUUGGGCAGGUUUCUGGAGGUUACAAGAGGACUAAAUCUAAGGAUGGCGCUGAAGGUGAAGAUUCAGAAUUAGGUGACAAAUUAAGACCUGUGAAGAGGAAUAAAGUUGCUUCUAGUACAAAGAGAGGUGGUACUAGUCAUUUGAAUUCAUCAGGUGCAUCAUCCUCUGACGAAAUUUCAGAUUCAAGCUUAGGCAAUAGCAACGAACCUGCGCCUAGUAGAGUGAAAGCUGUGAAUGUACAUGAGAAAGUACCAACGAACAACGAUGCGUCAGAGAAUCAUCAGUAUAGGGACGAUUCUGGGACUAGGAGACGGGUUGCGGAAAAUAAUGAACGAGAAGGUUUGCACAGUAGUGAACGUUCACAAGGUCAUCGAGGGAAAGAUGAGCCUGCUUAUGAUCGCAGAGUCCGUGAAGACAGGGACAGAGACAGAGACAGGGAGAGGGAGAGAGAGAGGCGAGAACACGAUGUAGUUCGUCAUUUCCGGAAGGACAGAGGGGACGAAAGAAAUGAUGAAGUUAGAAAGCGUGGAAGGCCCGAUUAUGAUGGGGAGAGGGAGGAGAGAGGUUGGCGAAGAGAGCAAGAAGAAUUUGGACAUCGUCAAAGGUCAGCUGAUCUUCGAGGUCAAAAAGCGUGGGUGGGAAAAAAAAAGAAUGAAGAUCGUUCUCGUCAUGGAGAUAAAGAGAAAGACUUAAGGCCUUAUGAUAGAGAUCGGGAAAGAAGUCGAGGACGGGAAGAAGCGAGGUCUCAUCAGAGAGAAAGACGUCGUCCACGUGAGGAGAUUUCGAAGAUAGAUCAAGAAGAGGAACGUCACAGGGAUAGGGAUAGGGAUAGAUAUCGGCGGGAGGAUCGACCAGACCGCCGGGAUGAUGCAUGCUCAAGGGCAGUCGAUCGCUCUGAAGAGAACAGAGAUAGGGAGCUAAGAAACCGUCGGCACAUAGAGGACAGAAGAAAAGGUGAAGACCGAAGGAAUGAUUUGCAUCGAAAAUCAGUGGUAAAUGGUCGAGAGGCGGGAGAUGAUGCUCGUAUGCAGAUGCGAAGGCGUGAUGGAUCAGAGGAGAGGGAAGCUGAUGUUAUGCGUAAUGAUUCCCUUGUCAAGGAGAGAAGUCAUCAUGGUUGCGGUGAACUGAAGAGAGACAAAGACAAUGUCCGAUCGGGUUCUCAUCACGACAGUGAAAGUAGACGGGACAAAGAUGGUUAUCAUUUAAGUUAUCAGCAAGACAAAGAGCAUGGUUCAGAGAUUGUUCAAUAUGGGGACCGUGGUUCUACGGUAUCGAAAAGAUCACAGACAAUCAGUCGAAGGUUAGAGAACGAAGAUGUGUCUGCGCACUUCAUAAAAGAGUCAGAGCGUGAGUCUGCAGUAGACGAAGCAAGUUCAGGGGAAGACGAUGGGCAGGGGAGACAAGAUCGUAGUAAAAUUGAACGUUGGAAUAGUCGGAAAGAAAGGGAAAUCCCGUCAACAUUAGCAGGAGAUGAGAAAAGGCACAGGCGGCAGUCUCAUGCACGGGAGGCUGAUGCGACGAACGAUGCACGAGAUGUUGAUCAGCACACAAGUGAAAAUUUACAGGACCAAGGAAGGCAUCAGAAUCCUCACCGGGACGUAGAGAACAAUUCCAGGAGUGAGCACAGGAAUAGGCAGCAGAGGAGUAGUACUGCCAAACGUUAUAAUAACGCUGACGCAGAAGGUGAGGAACCUGCCAAUUCCAAGGUAAAGGAAAUUCGAAGCGGCUUGGUUUCAAUGAAAGGGAACAAGUACAGAGAUUUAUCUUUACAAAACCCCAAUCGGCUAUCUGAUGCGGAGGAUCAUGUACAGCAGUCUGAGGAAGUAACAGCUAAGCUUGAACGUCGAAAAGAGCGCUUUGGGAAACCGAGACCAAAGAAACCAAGUGAGGAGAUACCAGCUGGUCGAGGUGGGUCUUUUUACGUUAGUGAGGUUCAGGCAAAUACUGUGGAGGUUAAACAGGAAAGACCAGCUCGGAAAAGGAGAUGGGCUGCCAGCGGGUUUCUCCGGUAGCUUUAAGUUGCUUCUUUCUGCGAUUGCGGCAUAUCCUUCCCAGGCUUGAAUAAAGUGAAAGCGUCGCCGUUAUCCAGUGACGAAGGCUCAGUAAUCCAAAGCUUCCGAAUUGAACGAAGCAGUUGUGCUUGCAGGGGACUGAAUGGGUCCAAAUGCAAGUGUACACAUCGUUUCGCGGCUCCCUGACCAUUUUGUUCAACCGAGGAAAUGGAGUUGUACUCCUUUCAACCCUUUUUGCUCAAUAUCUUACUAUAAAGUUAUUUAGAAUUAGUUAUUCAACGAUUUUAAGAUAACCUUCUUUAUUUUGUGCUUAUAGAAAGGUUGAGACUUGAUGCAACAUUGGAGCAUCCCAUUGCAGUUGUACUUUAGUAGGCAGUGUAGUAUAUUUCCAAGGGUUGUAUUCAUUCUAUCAGCUUGACCUUAAAUUUCAAAUGUAUGUAGACAGCAGCUUGAAUAGAAGGUGUCGUGCCAUCCAAGAUUCUUUACCACCAGCGCAUACCAACACCAAUUGUAAACUUAAGAAGGCCCAGCCAAGAAAUGUAUCUGAGCUCCAGCACUGGUGGAGUUCUUUUCACAUGUA